CGGUUGAAAGCCCGUUGUCAUAACAAAGAUUAAAGAAUAGAAUUGAUUGAGUUGAGAAGUCGGUAUCUCCCUAUUUACAGCUUUUAGGAAAUGAUAAAAUAAAUGUUUAGAAUACAAAGUGUACUUAAGUCACUUAGAAUAUUAGAAUCAAUUUUAGUACCGAAAAAAUCGGAGUUAAAUUUUUUCAAAGUUAACAUUAUGUCGUCCACUAAAUCCAUUUUAGAUUUGGGAUACACAUUUAAUUCUGAGGGCCAGUUAAGGAAAAUAGGAGAAGAUGGGCAACCUAGUAAUGAAUCUUUUGAAUUUAAUAUAAGUAGUGAUCAUCAAGAGUGCCAGGCCAAUUACGAGGUGCUUGGCGCUGCAGUAACUGAUCACAUAUACUAUCUCUUAGAGACAGAGUUGAAUCUUAUAAGACUGCCUGUACCUAAGGGGAGUACAGAAAAAAAUGGGACUUUCAUCUUUGUCUCCCCUGAUUUCGAUAAGCAAGAUGUCUUAUUAGUUCUGAUUCACGGAUCGGGCGCUGUCCGUGCAGGACAGUGGGCACGUUCGCUUAUCAUCAAUGACUGUUUGGAUACCGGCACACAAAUACCUUACAUAAAAAAGGCACAAGCAAAAGGCUAUGGAAUUCUGGUGUUAAAUUCCAAUGACAAUUUCAGGGGGGAUAAUAAAAUUUCCCACAGUAGUAGUGCCGAGGAACAUGCUAAUUAUGUUUGGAAGACUUAUAUAAAACCCACUAAAGCUGCUAGUAUAUUAAUUGUUGCACAUAGUUAUGGUGGGAUUCUUACUGUUUUGCUCGCUGAUAAAGAGAAGAAGGAAUUUGAGAAACGGGUGAAGGCUAUAGCACUCACAGAUUCCGUUCAUGGUUAUUCAGGUGUCAAGAUUUCUAAGUAUCUCAAACAGGUUUCGAAAAAUUGGAUAUCCAGUACUUCCCCUCUGGACACUCCCAUGAAAACACCAGAUUUUGAUAUCACAAGAGUUUCAGCAGGUCAUCCGAAACAUGAAAUGACAUCCUGCAAGUGCAUAGAUUCAGUUUUUAAUUUUUUUGAUGAAAAAUUGAACGAAGCUUGACUUAUUUAUGCUUGUAGGUUGAAAAUUGUGAGAAAUGUUCACAAAUUACCCAUGAUUGAUUAUCCAUAUUAAUAUCAUAUAUAAUGUUAAAUAAUAUUCCUACCAUGUUUACUGCUCUAGAUAGAAAGGCACAUUCAUAAGGUUGUAACAGUUGGAUAACAAAAGACUGUAAAUAAGUUUAUAUUUUAAUAUAAAUAUAACAAAUAAGAAA